AGUUCUCAAAGGAAGAACUCCAAGUUAUCAACAGCCUUAUUGAAGUAUGCUAAUAAUUAAAUGCAAAUUAAAACAAGUUGAAGUUCCAUAUCUUACUCAUCAGAUUGAUGAGAACAAUGGUCAUGGAAAAUGAAAAGUAUUGGAGCGGCCAUGAGAAGGCAGGAAGACCCAACUGUUGGAGACCUAACUUGGUCCAGCCACCCUCAGCUGUAGUUUGGGACCAUAUCCAAAAACACUACCCCGUCCAUACCCACUGACCGCAGCUAGGUGUGUGCCCAGAGAGGUCAGCAACACUACAAAGGAAGCAUGUGCACAAAAAUAUUUAGAGCAACUCUUAGUGUUAGAAAAAGGCACUAGAAAUGAAGGGAGUAGUUGAAACAAUCAUAGCAUGUAAAUAUAAGAGACUAUGGAGUCGUAAGGAAUAACAACCAGAGAAGACUGAAGUGAAACUGAUGCCGAGUAAAAUGAAGAGGGCCAAGAGAACGGUUAAGCAAAACAAUUUUGAAAGAUCUAAGAACUCAGAUCAGUAUGAGGACUGACCGUUUCACAGCACCCAUGAUGAAGCAUGAUUUUUGCUGUUUAAGGUUGCACCCUGCGGUAACGAAUACUGCCUACCCAGACCAACCACAGGAAUCCCUGGAAGCCCGACCUUGGUGCCCAAAAACAUCCAUCUGUGGCAGAUACUCGGGUAAAGGGCCACCAAGUACAUCGUCCUACCUGAACAGCACUAGCUUACUUGGAAAGAGACGGAACCGGAGUCCCCGAGUCUCCAUACCGCCGUUACUGGCCCAGCAGAACUCCAGGUCAUUGCUCACCUUCCAAGGAUCUUUGGCACCUGAAGGCCUCCCAGAGGCCCUUCUAAGAUGGCGACUGGCGUGAAGAAUGCCCCAAACCACGUCAUCUUCAAGAAGGUCUCCCGGGACAAGUCGGUGACCAUCUACCUGGGGAAGAGGGACUACAUCGACCACGUCGAUCAGGUGGAGCCCGUGGAUGGCGUCGUCCUGGUCGAUCCUGAGCUCGUGAAAGGGAAGAAAGUCUUUGUGUCUCUGACGUGCGCCUUCCGCUACGGCCAGGAAGACAUCGAUGUCAUCGGCCUGACCUUCCGCAGAGACCUUUAUUUCUCCAGGGUGCAAGCGUACCCUCCCAUCAACACAGGGCACACGCCAACCAGACUGCAGGAGAGCCUGCUGAAGAAGCUGGGGAUUAACGCUUACCCUUUUCUUCUCACGUUUCCUGACUACUUGCCCUGCUCAGUUGCUCUUCAGCCAGCUCCUCAAGAUGUGGGCAAGUGUUGCGGAGUGGACUUUGAGGUGAAAGCAUAUGCCACAGACAUCACAGACACGGAAGAGGAAAGAGUGCCCAAAAAGAGCUCCGUCCGCCUGCUGAUCCGCAAAGUCCAGCAUGCCCCUCCUGAAAUGGGGCCCCAGCCCCAAAUGGAGACGGCCUGGCAGUUCUUCAUGUCGGACAAGCCUCUGCACCUGGCCAUCUCUCUCAGCAAGGAGAUCUAUUUCCAUGGUGAGCCAAUUCCUGUGACUGUGAGUGUGACCAAUAACACAGAGAAGACCGUGAAGAAGAUUAAAGUGUUGGUGGAACAAGUCGCCAACGUGGUCCUGUAUUCGAGUGACUACUACGUCAAACCUGUAGCCACAGAGGAGGCCCAUGAAAAAGUGCCACCAAACGGAACCUUAACUAAGACAUUGACACUUACCCCCCUACUUGCUAAUAAUCGAGAAAGGCGGGGCAUUGCCCUGGAUGGAAAAAUCAAGCAUGAAGAUACAAACUUGGCCUCCAGCACCAUUAUCAAGGAGGGGAUAGACCGAACAGUGCUGGGAAUCCUGGUGGCUUAUCAGAUCAAAGUGAAGCUCACUGUCUCUGGCUUUCUGGGAGACCUCACCUCUAGUGAAGUGUGCACCGACUUACCAUUCCGCCUCAUGCACCCCCAGCCCGCAGAUCCAGCCAAGGAAAGCUCAAUGGGUGAAGAUCUGGUCUUUGAGGAGUUUGCUCGUCAAAAUCUGAAAGACAUAGCUGAUAAUGAAGAAGAAAAAAAAGAUAAAGAAGCACGAGUGACUGAUGACUGAAUAGAAUGAUGACUGAAUGGUGUUGGUGCAGAGAAUGUAGUUUAUAGGAUUGUAGCUCUACAUCUGGAAGGGACCUUAAAGCUUAUUUAGUCCAACUACUUCGUUUUACAGAGGAAGAGCUAAGGCCCCAUAUUUCUUUCAAUGUUGUAAAAGUGAAACAAACUUAGUUACCCAUAGUCAUAAUCUCAUCUAUCCCUUUAGGAGACAAACCUCAUUAAACUGGCUCUCUAGGUAAACUAAGUCAGUUUGUAGAUUAAACCACUUAGAGGCCUCAGCAAGUGCUAAUUUGAGAGGGGAGGUUUGCGUAUGGUCCAGGUCCACAAAAAAGCUCAGUGAACAUAAACACCAUGAAACUAACCAACUGGCCUAAGGAAUCCAGUAAAGAUCACUGAUCUUCAAUAAUAUCAAGUCACCAAGGGUCUGCCUCCAGACCCCUCUAUGGCACCAUGCUGACAUCCAGGCCAGCACAGGAAGCAGAAUAGCCAAGACAAAAGACAGAUGUAGUUUGUGUCGUCAUGGACUUUCCCCUCCCCCAUUGCUCAAAUAAAUAAAGUUUGA